UUUCAACCGACUUGCCCCUUAUGGAAACAACGAAGAUGCGGCAAAUCUAACCAGAACCGGACAUGACAUUUGACCAAUUUAUCGUCCACCAUGCUAAUGGCCUGUGUGGCUCAAGACUUGCAAAUGUCGAGAGGUAUAGCAAAGGUCUUUCUCAGGAAGUUAGUAAGAGUGCCCGAGCUGCGUCUAUCUAACCCGGAAGUCGGAGAAGAACU